AUGGCUACCAACGGUCGUCAGCAGAACUACGUGGCUCCCACUGCGGGAUACAAGGGCCAACACAUGCUCAAUAGCCAAGGUCAUGGGUCCGCCCAAUACCUCCCCCGAGGUCUGCCGAUGUCCCUCCACGGUGAAAAUGGAAUGCAAACUCUGACGAACAACAUGGCAGCCCUCGGCCUACACGCUUCGUAUGGCUCAUCCGCUACCUCCAAGUCCGCCAGCUCUGCCCUCUCUGGUGGCUCCUCCGACUACGGCAAUAUCCCGCUAUCCAACGGCCAAGGACUCUGGGUCCCGAACCAGCACGUCAUUGGAUCCAUGUACCAGAUGAUACCUGGUGCGCAGCAUCAGGCUGGCAUGACCCCCUCUCCAGGCAUGUACGGCCAUGCUGGUGCCUACGUGCAGCAGGCAGCAUAUCAGUACGGCCAAGGCGUCGUCGACAACAGCCCUGUGCCCCCAGCUUGGGCAGCUCGCAUGUCCUCCGCCGAGAUUCCGUCACUCAUGACGCCCCGCCGCGACUCCAUCUCUUCCAAUGAGAACGACAACCCAGGUACACCCUAUGGCAGCGGCGGCAUAUACCGCUACGGAAACAACACUGCCAUCAUGGAUCGCUCGCCCAACGCGCUUUACACGAGCAGUGCUACCCCCUCCCCGUCACAGUUGACCCAUCCAUACCAGGUCAUGGCCCCCAUACAGAAGCAGCAAGCCAUGCCCACGUUGCCUCCCCAUCUGUUGGCAUUAGUGCAUCAGGAGCCUCCUAUCCCUCGAGCUAUUCCCGCUCCUAGCUCUCCGCAUAAGCCACUCGACCGUAGCCUGGAGAACAAGACCGGUGAGACCAACGUCUACAUUCGCGGUCUGCUUCCCGAGACCACGGAUGAGAUGCUCCACAUGUGGGGAAAGCGCUUCGGAGAUAUCCAGAGCUCCAAGUCCAUCAUUGACCUCAAGACCAAUCUGUGCAAGGGGUUUGGCUUCAUCAAGUACCACAAUUUUGAGGAUGCUGAGGACUGCAUCCGCGGCUUCCACUACCUUGGAUACGAAGUCAGCUUCGCUCGUGAAUCCUUCUACUCGAAGCUCAAGAAGUUCGCCGACGAGAGCAAUACCAAUCUUUACGUGUCCAACAUUCCCAAGAACAUGAAUGAGCAUGUAUUACUGACCCUCGCCAGCUUUGAGUCUCGAGAUAUCUGCGACCAGGUCAUCAAGGAGUUCAACAACACUCCCGUGUCCAAGCCUGGCGGCGAGGAGCAUCUGAUCCAAAUCCGCUUCUCCGAUACCCACGAGCAAAAGAUGCUGAAGCAACAGACUGCUGCUGGCCGUGUGUUUCGCGCCGCAGAGUACGAAGUAGGUGUUGCUCAGGCUAGGGCACUCGGGACGCCCGACCGUUACCUUUCUGCAUCCCCGAUUUCGGCAGGCCACGCCAAUGAGUUCGAGAUGUUCAUGCGCGGCCAGCGGCAGCCAUGGUCACCACCGGUACCAUCUACUCUAGGCCCUGCUCGUUCGUCGGUAUACUACAUGCCUCAAGGCGGACCCAUCAAGAGCGAUGAUGGUGCUUCGGAGAAUGGUGUCGAGAUCAAGACCAACCCAGCGACUCCGGUCAAGGCUGAUGACAAGUCUGCCUCACCAAGCCGGUUCUCUAGCCGCAACGACUAA